AUGGCGGACGUGCUCAGCGUCCUGCGACAGUACAACAUCCAGAAGAAGGAGAUUGUGGUCAAGGGAGACGAAGUGAUCUUCGGCGAGUUCUCGUGGCCCAAGAACGUGAAGACCAACUAUGUGGUUUGGGGGACUGGAAAAGAAGGCCAACCCAGAGAGUACUACACAUUGGAUUCUAUCUUGUUUCUACUUAAUAAUGUGCACCUUUCUCAUCCUGUUUAUGUCCGACGUGCAGCCACUGAAAAUAUUCCUGUGGUUAGAAGACCUGACCGAAAAGAUCUACUUGGAUAUCUCAAUGGUGAAGCAUCAACAUCAGCAAGCAUAGAUAGAAGUGCCCCUCUAGAAAUAGGUCUUCAGCGAUCUACCCAAGUGAAACGAGCUGCAGAUGAAGUUUUAGCAGAAGCAAAGAAACCACGCAUUGAGGAUGAAGAGUGUGUGCGCCUUGAUAAAGAGAGAUUGGCUGCUCGUUUGGAGGGUCACAAAGAAGGGAUUGUACAGACUGAACAGAUUAGGUCUUUGUCUGAAGCUAUGUCAGUGGAAAAAAUUGCUGCAAUCAAAGCCAAAAUUAUGGCUAAGAAAAGAUCCACCAUCAAGACUGACUUAGAUGAUGAUAUAACUGCCCUUAAACAGAGAAGUUUUGUGGAUGCUGAGGUAGAUGUGACACGGGAUAUUGUCAGCAGAGAGAGAGUGUGGAGGACACGAACAACUAUCUUACAGAGCACAGGAAAGAAUUUUUCCAAGAAUAUUUUUGCAAUUCUUCAGUCUGUAAAAGCUAGAGAAGAAGGGCGUGCACCUGAACAGCGACCAGCACCAAAUGCAGCACCUGUGGAUCCCACGUUGCGUACCAAACAGCCUAUCCCAGCUGCCUACAACAGAUAUGACCAGGAGAGAUUCAAAGGAAAAGAAGAAACGGAAGGUUUCAAAAUCGACACUAUGGGCACCUACCAUGGUAUGACACUGAAAUCUGUAACGGAGGGUGCAUCGGCUCGUAAGACUCAGACUCCUGCAGCACAGCCAGUACCAAGACCAGUUUCUCAAGCAAGACCUCCUCCAAAUCAGAAGAAAGGAUCUCGAACACCCAUCAUCAUAAUUCCUGCAGCUACCACCUCUUUAAUAACCAUGCUUAAUGCAAAAGACCUCCUACAGGACCUAAAAUUUGUCCCAUCAGAUGAAAAGAAGAAACAAGGCUGCCAACGAGAAAAUGAAACUUUAAUACAGAGAAGAAAAGAUCAGAUGCAACCAGGGGGCACGGCAAUCAGUGUCACAGUUCCUUAUAGAGUAGUAGACCAGCCUCUUAAACUUAUGCCUCAAGACUGGGAUCGGGUUGUAGCAGUUUUUGUGCAAGGUCCUGCAUGGCAGUUCAAAGGUUGGCCAUGGCUUUUGCCUGAUGGAUCACCAGUUGACAUAUUUGCUAAAAUUAAAGCCUUCCAUCUCAAAUAUGAUGAAGUUCGUCUAGAUCCAAACGUUCAGAAAUGGGAUGUAACAGUAUUAGAACUCAGCUAUCACAAACGUCAUUUGGAUAGACCAGUUUUCUUACGAUUCUGGGAAACAUUGGAUAGGUACAUGGUAAAGCAUAAAUCCCACUUGAGAUUCUGA